CGUAACGCGCACUCCGCCUCAUUGGAAAUCGGACAGAUAUAUCGACUGGGACGAGGCUUUAUAAGCAGGGGAUGCGCACCGAAAGCCAACAGAUGGUCGCUGACUGUGCACGCGUGUGGUUAUCGGAGAUCAGUAAACAGCCAAACUAAACACCAAAAGUAAUUGUAAUAAAAACGCGUGGAAUAAGCGAAAUAAUUAAAAUGCGGCUGCAGAUUUAUUUCGAAUUUUGAGGCGUCCGAAUGCGGAGGUCGAAAAACUCUUUGGAUCUACACGGAAUUUCGAAUUCUGAGAGGUAUGCCCCCGGCGCUGUGUUCUGUGUUUUUUUCUUUUCCCAACAAUGUGCCGUUAUUAAAAGUGGAAAGCGUGAAGAUUUCGCACGGAGCCUCGACAUUUACGACUUUUCGUACCCCGAUCCGUAAGUGGGCCGCGGAAAUUCGCUAAUGGCCUGCCGGACGCUCCGCAGUUGUCGGUAUUUAUUAUGAUUGUUCUCCCGAACGCGCUUCAAUGAAUCGGAACUGCAAGUGGCAAAUUAAUCGAAAGAAAAUAUUAUUCCAGCGUGAGUCUCCCGGGAAACGAAAAUUGUUCGCAUCUGUAAUAAAAAGUGACUUGGGCGGCCAAGGAGAAGAAUAAAUAAUAUGCCGAAAUUACUGAGCUCAGGAAACCGAAAACCGGUUCACUUCCACUCAAUUGAAAAUUAAUGGAUGUGCAUCGCGCGUAAUGAGAUGUAAACGAGUGCUGCAGUUCAAUACAAAGCAGCUUGGCUGCUAUCUCAAGACGGAUUGAGAAGUUUAAAAGCUAGAUGUUUGCAUCCCCAGAAACCAAGGCAUCCUCAGCAAGAAUGCUUCCAUUUUUUAUAAUUUUAAGACGGCAAAGACAGCAACAGUGAAAUCCCCGAGUGCAAUCCAAAUUGGAAACUAAAUGAACAACAGCUGAACAACAGCCAAAAAACUGAGAGUCACUAGCAGGCGAAAAGACAACAACUGUCGGCCAAAAAGAACAAUACUACACUCCACGGCUUAUAUAAUACAUAUCCCCGGGGCGGAGGAGAUUGUCAGAAGGAUGAUAAUCAGCAUGAACCAGACGGCGGAGCACCUGAGCGGCUACGCCAGCAGUAGCAACAGCGGCAGGUACCUCGACGACCGGCAUCCCCUGGACUAUCUGGACCUGGGUCCCGCCCGUGCCCUCAACACCACGGCCGUCAACACCUCGGAAAUAAACGAGACCGGGAGCAGGCCGCUGGACCCGGUGCUCAUCGACAGGUUCCUCAGCAACCGGGCCGUGGACAGUCCCUGGUACCACAUGCUCAUCAGCAUGUACGGCGUGCUGAUUGUGUUCGGGGCCCUGGGCAACACGCUGGUGGUCAUAGCCGUGGUCCGGAAGCCCAUCAUGCGCACGGCCCGGAACCUGUUCAUCCUGAACCUGGCCAUAUCGGAUCUGCUGCUCUGCCUGGUCACCAUGCCGCUGACCCUGAUGGAAAUCCUGUCCAAGUACUGGCCCUACGGUUCCUGCUCCAUCCUGUGCAAAACGAUUGCCAUGCUGCAGGCACUCUGCAUUUUCGUGUCGACAAUAUCCAUAACCGCCAUCGCCUUCGACCGCUAUCAGGUGAUCGUGUACCCCACGCGGGACAGCCUGCAGUUCGUGGGCGCGGUGACGAUCCUGGCGGGGAUCUGGGCGCUGGCCCUGCUGCUGGCCUCGCCGCUGUUCGUCUACAAGGAGCUGAUCAACACGGACACGCCGGCGCUGCUGCAGCAGAUCGGGCUGCAGGACACCAUCCCGUACUGCAUCGAGGACUGGCCGAGUCGCAACGGGCGCUUCUACUACUCGAUCUUCUCGCUGUGCGUGCAGUACCUGGUGCCCAUCCUGAUCGUCUCGGUGGCCUACUUUGGCAUCUACAACAAGCUGAAGAGCCGCAUCACCGUGGUGGCCGUGCAGGCGGCCUCCGCCCAGCGGAAGGUGGAGCGCGGGCGGCGAAUGAAGCGCACCAACUGCCUGCUGAUCAGCAUCGCCAUCAUCUUCGGCGUGUCCUGGCUGCCGCUGAACUUCUUCAACCUGUACGCGGACAUGGAGCGCUCGCCCGUGACCCAGAACAUGCUGGUGCGCUACGCCAUCUGCCACAUGAUCGGCAUGAGCUCGGCCUGCUCCAACCCGCUGCUCUACGGCUGGCUCAACGACAACUUCCGUAAAGAAUUUCACGAACUGCUCUGCCACUGCUCAGAACCCACUAAUGUUGCUCUUAACGGUCACACGACAGGCUGCAACGUCCACUCGGCGGCACGUCGUCGUCGCAAGCUGGGCGCCGGCGCCGACCUCUCCAGGGGCGAGCUCAAGCUGUUGGGUCCGGGCGGCGCCCAGAGCGGCACCGUCGGCGGCGAGGGCGGCGAGGGCGCCACCGGUCUGGCGGCCACCGACUUCAUGACCGGAGGCCACCACGCGGGCGGACUGCGCAGCGCCAUCACCGAGUCGGUGGCCCUCACGGAGAACAUGCCCUCGGAGGUCACCCAACUGAUGCCGCGUUUGGAACAGUACUAAAUUGGCAAUCAAUCCUGGAGCAGCGGGAGGCCGGAGCAGCGUUCGAGUGAUGCGACUUCCGAUUCGCUCUUAGAAUUUACAGAAAACACAUACUGUCCAGUGAUCCAAAGCCAAGCUGAGUUACACCUAAGUUAAGAAACAAAACGAGUAGAAAUCGCGAGCAUCUCAUCACAUCCACCAUCAAUGUUGGACUAAGUCUUAGGCCUACUUUGGUUAGAACACUUUGCUAUCGAAUGCCGGAAAGUAAUUGAUUGAGCCCCCAAUUAGAUUUCGGAUAUUUGAUAAGUCGAAAACGCCUAAGACCUCGAAUAAGUUCCAUUAAAAAGUUCCUAGGAAACACUUUCAUUUUCUCUCAGAGCUGUUUAUUUCUUGUUAUCAUCUAAGCUUAGGAUUAGCCUUAAGUGAAGUUAUGUUUUCUAUUCUCUAAUGAUAGGCUAACUUGAAACAUAGUCCAUAAUUGUAAAAAAGUCUUUAAAAUUAAUGUCAGCAGCUCUAAAACAUCCGAAUGUAAAAUGUUUAAUGUCUUUCAAUGACAGACUCUACGAAAAAACUAUAAAAUAUUUUAAUAAAUGUUG